AUGGAAAUGAAUGGUGUCAACGAGAAUGCCUGGUGGACGGUGCCUGAAAACUUUGAGGCCCCCUCUGUGGUAGACAUAGAUGGGAGCCAGGAGGAGCUCAUAUUUGGCCAAGAAGACUUGCACCUCAGAAGUAUAGAGGAAAAUAGCAACACCCUCAUUCAGCUGGAGGGGUGGUUUACGGCAUCAGGCCAGACUCGAGUAACUGUAGUUGGACCAUUCAGAGCAAAGCAGUGGUUGAUGGAUAUGAUUUGGAGUGUGGGAAGCCAGGAACCUAACCACCAGGCCCGAGGCCAAGAGAUGUUGCAGCGAGUUCGAAGCCAGCCUCUGACAAGAGAGGAUUUGGAUGCCUCUUUCAGA